GGUCUAAAAUUGUCAGAACAAAUUCAUGUGAGGGUUGCGUAGUAUGAAUGCUGCUGUUUCAAAAUUGCAUAAACUUCUGGAGAGCGUGACAGAGGCUAUUGCUGUAGGUGUCAACCAAGUGUGGGGCUGUAAUUGUUAACAGACCAGAUGAAUUGCAACAGUCUGAUGUUGGUACAGGCGCUGGGAUAUUUGAGGUUAAGAAAAUUGGUGAUGAGUUUUUUGCAUUCUUUGUUGAUUGCAAAGAGCCUAAAGCAUGUACUGCACUCUUGAGAGGUCCUAGUAAGGAUCUUUUAAAUGAAGUGGAAAGGAAUUUGCAGGAUGCCAUGUCUGUAGCAAGAAACAUCCUCAACAAUCCGAAACUUGUUCCUGGUGGUGGUGCUACAGAGUUAACUGUAUCUGCUACAUUGAAGCAAAAGAGUUCAUCUGUAGAAGGUAUAGAAAAGUGGCCGUAUGAAGCUGCUGCUAUAGCUUUUGAGGCUAUACCACGUACUUUGGCUCAGAAUUGCGGGGUGAAUGUGAUUAGAACAAUGACGGCGCUGCAGGGAAAGCAUGCAAAUGGUGAAAAUGCAUGGAUUGGCAUUGAUGGUAACACUGGUGUGAUAACUGAUGUGAAAGAGAAAAAGAUAUGGGAUGCCUACAACGUGAAGGGCCAGAGUUUUAAAACGGCCAUAGAAGCUGCUUGCCUACUUCUCAGAAUCGAUGACAUUGUGUGUGGGAUGAAGAAGAAGCAGCCUCCUGGUGCCAAACCUCCUUCCAAGCCUCAAGUUGAGACAGAAGGCGAUGCAGAUAAUGAGCAAAUAAUUCCGGAGUGCUUAUGGAGAGCACGUGGUUAUCUCAGUUUGAAUGAAGUUUUGCUUUAA